CUUCUUAGAACUGACAUCAAAGUGGGUGUUUUUCAACCAAAGACUAUACUCUAUAUAUAUGCGGAAUAUAUAUUAAGACUCAUCCACACAACAUAAGUUUGAGAUAAUUGAAGAGCAUUUUCUGGAAAUAAUGCAGUGCCAUCUAUGUCUUGGGUCAUUUACAGAGCCCAGGGCUCUCCCCUGUAUGCAUGCUAUAUGCAACAAGUGUUUGGAUGGCUGGAGUAGCAAACACAAACAGGUGCAGUCAGAGGAUAAGACAUGUCCAUGCCCUGUGUGCCGUGAACCUAUUAAUGUACAACUUGAAUUACUUGAUAGAGCCAACAGUCUAAAGAACACCAGCACCUUAGAUAGCAAGCUAGACAAAGAGCAACCCCAACUUGACAAUGACACAGAUCACAAACACCAAUGUGGAGUGUGUCACAAAUAUGGCAAUGAAAUUCCCGCUGAAGUUAAAUGCACCAACUGUGCCAUACAUUUCUGCAGGAGAUGUUCUGGAGUACAUAAACAUACAAAACGAUUUCAAGAACAUAAGUAUGUUGAACUGAAGAGUGAUGUUAAGGUUCCCACACAGUCAAACAUGGUUCAAAAUCACAAGAAGUACUGUGUAUUGCAUCCCAUUGAAGCAUUGAAGAUCUACUGUGAAACAUGUAAUGAUUUUAUAUGUAUGGUCUGUUAUAUCACAACUCAUACUAGUCAUCAAUGUGAGGAUGUGACAAACACCAACCAAGAUGACGUGAAUCACAUGGAAGACCUCAUGGCUGUGUCUAAUCAGCAAGAGGGCACAUUAGCAACUGCAGAGAUAAUGGAAUACAAGAAAGAACUUUCUAAGAGUGCCGAUCAAAUCAACAUGAUGCUAAAAGAUGAUAUGGAGGCUCUAAUUAAACAUAUCUCUUCAUACUACAAGCAGCAGCAAGAUGAACUUGAGAAAAUCAAGAAUGAAAAUUUGAAUAAGGUUGAUUAUACAGAUUAA